GAACAAUUCUCCCAAAAAAACCCAAAGGUCAGAGAAUCCACUGGCUGCGACAUUUCGCCGACGAGAGAAGCGUUGAAGAUCAUCUUUUCGAGUCGCCGGAAGUGACCUGAGAUCAAACGCCUUUGUUCAUCUUCAUCAUGUGGAGAAGAAUCGUCUCUUCUCACCUUAAAACCCUAGCUACAGCAUCCGAUUUCGCUGUUGCUUCUUCCUCUCGCCGAUUGGUCGUCUCCAAGCCCGUUGGUCUCCAUCUCUCCAUCAAUCGAUCAACGAUUUCUGCUUCUUCGUCUGUCUUCCCUCGCCAUUUCAGCUCCGAAUCAGCAGAAACAUCUGUAAAGAAGAAUGUGGAGGAUGUUAUGCCUAUUGCAACUGGACAUGAAAGAGAGGAGCUUGAAGCUGAGCUUGAGGGAAGGAGGCUGCUUGACAUCGACUACCCUGAAGGUCCUUUUGGUACUAAGGAAUCUCCCGCUGUCGUAAAGUCCUACUAUGACAAGAGAAUUGUCGGAUGCCCUGGUGGUGAAGGCGAGGAUGAACACGACGUCGUAUGGUUCUGGCUAGAGAAAGGAAAGUCAUUUGAAUGUCCAGUGUGCUCUCAAUACUUCGAGCUCGAAGUGGUUGGUCCAGGCGGACCACCAGACGGUCAUGGUGACGAUGAAGACCACCACCAUUGAUUCCAGUGUUAUCUCAGCCGCAAAAUUUUUUUUACUGUUUUGGUGAGUGCAAUAAAUAUUUCUCUAAAAU